AUGAAACAUAAAUUUGAUAGGAAUCCGGAUGCGGAUUUAGUGUAUAGUUGGCCUACAGCGGAGUCUUCCAUGCGGCAGUCGCGAAGAAGUGUUUGUCCAGCAGUAACAUUACCAUCCACAUUACGCGAGUUAGGGAAAUACUUGGAUAUGAAUACUGAUAGGUAUCAAUGCAACAACUAUAAUUUUUACCAGAAAUGGAUUGUGGACAAUGAUGGAAAAUAUAGCGUGAUGUUUGCGUGCCAAGAAAUCAUUAGAGCUGUAGUGCAUCAGGGGGCCACGGAACUACACGCUGAUGCAACGUUCAAAGUAGUGCCGUCAAUGCCUCAUUGUAGACAACUGUUCAUGUUGCAUAUUUUGAUCCUGCAAAAUCACUCUGUUCCUGUAUGCUUUGUAUUGAUGGAAGUAAAGACUGAGGCUGCAUAUAGGAAAGUUUUGGAAAGAUUUUCUCGUAAAUUUCCAGAAGUCAGACCAUUGACAAUCAUGAUUGACUUCGAAACUGCACUCCGUAACGUCUUCUCUGAUGUAUACCCUGAAGCGACAGUAUCUUCGUGUUGGUUUCAUUUUGUACAGAGAUUGCAGAAAAAUAUAAAGAAGAUGGGCUACUCAAACCACGUACAACAGCACAGAGAAGCUAAAAUUUGCUUGAGAAUGUGUGCAGUAUUAGCACUAUUGCCUGCUCAUCAGAUUGAGCAGGGUUUUCAAGACAUAAAAAUGCAUGCCCAAAAUAAUGGUGUUUUGAUACCGAGAUUUUUUACAUAUUUUACCAGUUUUUGGCUAACUCGCAAAGGUCCAGAGUGUUUUUCGGUUUACAACCAACCACGCCGAACGAACAAUAAUGUGGAAUGUUUCCAUUCGAAUCUUAAACAGACUUUUCAAGUGUCACACCCAAAUUUGUGGAGAAUGUUGGAUCACUUGAAAAAUAUAUCCAUUAAGCAGUAUAUUGUGAUUAAUCAAUUGGCAGCAGGAAUGGCUACAACACGAAACACAAAAUUCAAAUUUAUUUUAAAUAGCUUGCGUAUAAAGCAUGCAACAGCUCUACUUGCUACAGGAGCAAUAACAAGAAAAGAAUUUUUGCUGCAGUGCUCACACUGUGUGGAUGGAUAUCUCACCAGAGAACUAAAUUGGCAUGAUGCUACCGAUGAUUCUGAAGAUGAGGUCCAAGAUGGGCAAAUGAAUGCACCUCCCCAGGAAGUACCAAAUGUAGAUGGAAAUCCAGCUCUUAUAAAUAUAGAUGAACAAAAUGAUACUUCUUAUAAUGAGGCUGAUUUCUUCGUACCUGAAGACUUAGCUCUAGCUUUUUGGCAAGUAAAUUAUGCAAGUGACGAAGAAGAUGAAGUUCCGUAUGCCCCCGUCCCUCAAAAUAUAGAAGAAUAUUUACCCCAGGGAAAUGUAGAGGACAUCUGUGUGAUCUGCCAUGAAAGUCGUAGAACACAUGCCCAUGAUACCAUGUGGCCAUAA